UCCGCCAUGACAGCCACCGUCGUACGACCCGCCGCUGACCAGAGUGGAAGAAGGGAGGUGCGGUUUAGAGAUGGAUGCGUCGCCCCGCUACGUCUUACACAUUCGCCUUUAAUUUGACCAGAAUGGGGGCGAUUUUGCUGCUGGAUAUUUUCAGCUCUGUAGCAGAGAACUGGUGUUAAUGAACUGGGAGCGACGAGGUUCUUGUGACGGUUAAAGAUUAACGUCUGAGUCUGUUUCUGCGGCUCAGCUAGCCCCCUCAGCUUCUGUUCCUCACCGUCGCGGUUUUUUGUUGUUGUGUCUCCUGCCUCGGGAAUGUUUUCCAAAAAGCCUCAUGGAGACGUUAAAAAAUCAACACAGAAAGUGUUGGACCCGAAGAAGGACGUGUUGACGAGACUCAAGCAUCUCAGAAUUGUCAUAGAAAAUUCCGAGGCUCCAGAUCUGAAGCAGUUCUUCGAUAUGUACUAUUCCCAUAUCUACUAUGUCUUCUUUGAAAACUUUGUCAACAUCGAGGUCAGCCUCAAGCAAAAAGGUCAUAAGUCUCAGAGGGAGGAGCUGGACUCAAUCCUCUUCAUCUUUGAGAAAAUCCUUCAACUUCUGCCAGAGAGAAUCCAGAGUCGGUGGCAGUUCCACAGCAUAGGACUAAUUCUUAAGAAGCUGCUUCACACUGGAAACUCUCUGAAGAUCCGUCGGGAAGGCGUGCGGCUGUUUUUGCUGUGGAUGCAGGCGCUGCAGAGCAACGCUGAGAGCGAGCAGCUGUGCAUGUUUGCAUGUCUGAUUCCGGGUUUUCCCUCUCCUCUCUUACGUGGGACCCCACGCACCCUGGACACUCUGAUCAACCCGCCACUGAGUCUGACUGAGACCCAAGUGACCCCAGAAGAAAUCACGCCACUGGUCGCUCCACAGUCCGGCGAUAAGAACCAGGACGACCUGACUGCCUUUUUCUUGGAAGCUCUGCUGAAAUACAUGGUAAACCAGGCGAAGUCUCUGGAGUGGCGGUGUAAAGAGAACCAUGAACGUGGCUUCAACUUCCUCUUUGGCCACUUCAGGAAGUUUUACCUUCCUCACAUAUUUCCCAACUUUGCUAUGGAAACGAGCCUUUACAACCCCAUCUUGGAUGUACCUCCGAUGCGUCCUAAGCCCUAUUACAGUGUGGUGCGCAGAGAGCAGGACGGUGGUGAAACCAUGUACUGCACCAAGGAGAGCUUCCUUCAGGCCAGAGUCAUCUUUAUCCGCUGGCUCGUUUCCUUCUGGUUGGAACCGCGACCCAACACCCAAACCCAGAUCCCAGGGACAGAAGGCGAGAGCGUCCCAAAGAACAUACAGCGAGCAGCUGCUGGAUUGGCCGCUCGCUCAGCAGGCAGCUCAGACGACGGCGGCGGAGGAGGGAGUCGGUCCGAGAGCCACCUAGAAAGCAGCGGCAGCUCGUUGGGUCCGACAGGAAGCAGCAUCGGCGGUCCGGUGGGUACAGGAGAGCCGGAGCAGAGCCACUCCAACACUUCCACGCUGACGGAGAGGGAGCCCAGCUCCUCCUCCCUGUGCUCCAUGGACGAAGAGCAGCUGACAGACAUGGAGGUGGUGAGGAGAGUGCUGACCAACUCCAGGACCAACGUCAACUUCAUCAUAGAGAUCUUCAGACAGGGAUUUCUUCUUCCCAUGUGUGAGGCAGCUGCGAUGCGAAAAGUGGUUCGUGUUUAUCAAGAGUGGAUCUCCAUGGAGGACAAGCCAGUGUUUAUGAAAGAGCCAGAAGAAGGUCCAUAUCCCAUUCCUGCUGCUGGCAGUCUGGAUGCAGGCUCUCAGCUGGGAGACAAAGAGGCUGAGGGAAUCAACAAAGAGAUUGACAGCGAAUUGCUGGAGUACAGUGUUCAUGCUGGAGGUCAAACGACAUUACAGGUCUUCAUCACCCACUCUGCCAACGUUUUCCUGCUGGAACCCGCCAAUGACAUCAAGAUCCUUUUGGAGGAGCAUGUUGACAUGUGCAAACGGGUCCUGAACAUCUACCGCAGCCUAGUUAUGCACGAAACUAUGGACCAGAAAACAUGGGAGCAGAUCUUACUGGUUCUGCUGAGGGUGACAGAAUCCGUCAUGAAAAGGCCUCCAUCCAUCAUGCCUCAAGGGAAGAAGAUCAACACGCUGUCUGGCAGGCUGGCUGGGCCCAUCUUUCAGACUUUAAUAGUUGCCUGGAUUAAGGGCAACUUGAACGUGUACAUCAGCAGAGAACUUUGGGAUGAUCUCCUCUGUGUGCUUUCCUCUCUGACCUGCUGGGAGGAGCUGGUUACCGAGUGGUCACUCACCAUGGAGACCCUCACCAAGGUUUUGGCCAGGAACCUGUACAGUGUGGAUCUAAAUGAGCUGCCUCUUGACAAACUCAGUGAACAGAAGCAGAAGAAGAUUAAAGGAAAAGUCGGUACGGAGGGCCAGCGGCAGCCCGUGGAUCGGUCCUUCUCUAAAGGCUGGAGCAGAGACCAGCCAGGUCAGGCAGCCGCCAUGCGCCAGCGGAGCGCCACCACAGCCGGCUCACCAGGCAUCGAAAAGGCAAGGAGUAUCGUGCGCCAGAAGACUGUAGCCCUGCGUAGCUGUUCUACGGGGGACUCUCUGCUCUCCUCAGCCUUUAUUCGCAGUGCUAAGAGUGCUCCUGCUCUGGCUCCGCCUCUUCCUGUCCUCCUCCACCACCACCACCCUUUUCUACCCCCUCUUGCCGACCAUCUGGCAGAUCUCGAGGACCCCCCCAUCACGCUGACGUCCCGCACCUCACGAAUGCGGCACUCAUCACAGAGCGACGAGACCCCGCCCACCACCUGUUCCGAGAUCUACCAGGGGGGAGCUUGUGACCUGGACACCCCGGCGCCAUCCUCCCUCGCCCGGAGUAGCAGCGCCUCUGACAUCAUGGAGCCCUUCAUCGCCGAGCGGGUCAAAGGUGAAGACACCCAGCGGGAUCCCAUGUCCUUCCUGAAUCCUCCGCACCACCACUCCACAACUACCUUCUCACUUGCAGCCAACAGCCACACAACUCCGCCUCUCUCACAACCCCUCACCUCCCCUAAUCCCACACCUUUCACCCUCUCCAAUGGUGUUUCCUUGUCCUCAGAAACACAGGAUGAUGCUAGUGUUUAUAACCAGUCCUGGCUCCGAGCCGGCUCCGGAAGCCAAGGCUCUAGCUCUGACUGGGUGAGCGACUGGGACUCCGCCUUCGCUUUUUCAUCUGAAAAGGAAAUUGACGCAGAUGAGGGGGAAGUGGGGUGUGAAGCCGAAGAGGACGAUUUAUUCUCCUCCAUCAGAGACUACCUCAUUCAGAAAGGAGGCGAAAAGAAAGACGAGGUCAAAGAGGGAGGCGGUGCUGGUCAUCUAUUAGAAGGUUUUGUGACUUUACCUGCAAAUGAGCAAAGCAGGGAAGCUAGAUCCCAGUUAGAGGAGGAGAAGCAAGUGGUAAAUGAGGACAGGCAGGUAAGUAAAUCAGUGAGGCACAGGAGUGUGGACUCCACAGAGGAGAGUGAGGCAGAGCAGCGCAGUAUCUACGAGUGUUUGGAGCUACAGUGUGAAUGGCCAUCUCCCAGUGUUAAAGGGAGCACUAGCUUAGAGAGAAACUCGGAGGAGAAAAAAACAGCUGGAGCAGUACACGAAGGGAAACUUGAAUCGUGGGGUGAGAUAGGAGAAGAGAAACAAGAAGAUAAAGGAGAAUCAAAAGAGAGGGCGCGGUUGAUUAGACAGAAUUCAGUCACAGCCGAACCUAACACUGAAUCAUCAACUCCUCAAACCUCCGACCCUGCUAAGUUAAAAAUGUCUCGCAGUGGCAUCAAGCGUCAUCAGUCCGCCGGGGUCCAUGUCAGCUUCCGGCCCUCCACCGAGUCCGUCCAGUUCCACAACCCCUUGGAGAACAAGGAGGCCCACUGGAGAGCCAGGUUGCGUCGCCUCAGUCAUUUCCACACUCACAGCCAUUCAGCUGGGGAGAGGACGGCCAGAGCUGGGGUGGGCUCAGGGGGAAAGCUAGGAGCAGAAAGUCCAGGUAAGUUCGGCCCAGGGAACGGAGCUGGCCAUAAAACACGAGCAAACGAGAAGUUGUUGCCCGGAGCUCCUGCAGGUAGCAGAGAUUCCUCUGUAGACAGACUGGGGACAGGAGGGGAAAAGCAGCUCCCAGGGUCCUGUACCGCGUCCGGUCUGGGCCCAGAGGUCAACUCCGAGGGCUCGUCGAGUUCCUCAGGAGUGCGAGGACGUUUGGGACGCUCUGCCCUGCGUUCCCGAGUCUGCCGCUCACGCUCCCAGGAGCCCGGCAUCACUACCUCACGACACCACCAGGGCGCUCUUCUCGGUGGCAUGUAUAAGACCGUUGUCCACGCCCUGUCCUCCAAACCUCGGCCCAGAGGCCAGGGGUCAUCCCAGGGGUCAUCGCCGCAGCGACAGACCAGGGCCAGCUCGGGUGACGCCUCGCUAAAGGAUCUCUACUCCCACGUCCUGGGCUACUUUGGAAGAAAGACGACAACGCCAGCCAACAAAGAGGAGGUGGUCCAGAAGGCUCGCCCCGUGUCCAGCGACGUUGGAAGCAGCAACCCAAACUUCUCUGACCUGAUGGAUGAGUUCAUUCAGGAAAGACUGAGAAACAAAGGGACAGUGGGUCGUCGAGGAAGCAGUCCAGUGGGCCUUGAGGUUCCCAAGGACCUGCCAGAGCUCCUGGAGGCCGGUCAGGGGGCGGGGUCGAGACCCACAGAUGACCCUCGACCUGUUGAUGACCCUGGAGUUCCCUCUGAGUGGACGUCACCUGCCAGUGCCAGCGGUUCCGAUGUCAUCAGCUCAGACAGCCAGUCGGAUUCCUUUAAUGCCUUUCAGUAUUCAGCAUGCAAAUUUGACAAUUUUGCAUUCAGUUCAGAUGCAUGUGGAGGAGGAGCGGGGUCCACAGGAGGCGGCCGAGGCAGCUCACUGGACCAGGACAGUCUAGGAGGCGGCUUAGCCUGUGACGAGCAGGAAGUGGCCAGUUUGACGACAGUCCACAUUGACUCAGAGACCAGCAGCCUGAGCCACACGGUUACCGUUACCGGCUCCGAGAGUGCCUCGCCCAUGCAUUCCCUCGGGGGCUCCCGUUCCCAGACCCCCUCCCCAGCCACGCUGACAGCUGAGCACGCUGAUCACACACACAGUCACUCACACGCACACUUGCAGCUGGACCAGAAACUCCACAGCUCUGUACUCCAGACCCCAGAUGAUCUAGAAACAAGCGAGUUCCCCAGCGAGGACUGCAGUGUGAUGGCAGGCGGCUCUCUAACUGGAUGGCACGCAGAUGUUGCCACGGUUAUGUGGAGGAGGAUGCUGGGUAUCCUGGGAGAUGUUAACACCAUCAAGGACCCAGAAAUCCAUGCUCAGGUUUUUGACUACUUGUGUGAGCUGUGGCAGAACUUGGCCAAGAUCAGGGAUAAUUUGGGGAUUUCUCUGGACAACCAGUCGUCCCCACCACCUCCUGUUCUGAUUCCUCCUCUAAGAAUCCUCACCCCCUGGCUCUUUAAGGCCACCAUGCUGACUGAGCGUUACAAGCAGGGAAAGCUUCAUGCCUACAAACUAAUCUGUAGAAUAAUGAAAAGACGUCAAGACGUUUCCCCAAACACCGACUUUCUCAUGCACUUCUACAACAUCAUGCACCAAGGGCUGCUGCACCAGGACCAGGAUAUUGUGAACACCAUCAUCAAGCACUGCAGUCCCAGGUUCUUCAGCAUCGGACUUCCCGGAGCCACCAUGUUGAUCCUGGACUUUAUCAUCGCAGCUUCCAGAGUCACUGCAUGUUCAUCGCUCAAUGCUCCAAGAGUCGAGGCCCAGAUUCUUCUUGGGUCUCUGGUGUGUUUCCCCAACUUUUAUGAGGAACUUGCUGCUCUCCAUCCGACCACUGCCGACGUUGUACGGACUAAAUUCCCCGAGGUCAAGGAACACGUUAUCAAAACCAUCCUGACCUCUGCCAGGGAUGAACCCUCUGCUCCUGCAAGAUGUGUGGCUUUGUGCAGCCUGGGUAUCUGGCUGUGUGAAGAGUUGGCUCAUGGAACUGAACAUCCUCAGAUUAAAGAAGCUCUCAAUGUAAUCUGUGUGACCCUGAAGGUAGGUUUUAUAAUUAUUAGUUAUAUUUUGUCCCAUUUUUUUUUUUUUUUUUUUUUUUUUAUACAUCCCACAUGUUAUAGCACUUACUAUCACGGUUCCACUUCUCUCACACUGGAUGAUGACCCUAUUAUUAUAAGGUUAAAAAAAGAAUAAAAAUGAGCCAGAUUG